UUCACUUCAGACCUUCCACCUUCUCCUCCGGUUCGAACGCGCCAGACACGAUACCGUUACACCACUUCCGCUUUAUAUUUCCUCUUCCAGAAAACACAGAGACGCCGCGGACGCACACGCAGUGCUCGUGGCUGGAGGGCUUGCGCUCUGGCACCGGUACCGGAAUAGCGCUAGAAGCCAGAAAAAAGCGCUGAAGUUUGGCGCGUCGUGCGCGCUGUGACAUGGAGAGGUAGAGCAGAACGCGGCGCUGACACGCAACUUUUAAAUGCAGCCCUGACUUUUUUGGGAGGGAUUUUUUUUCUCUGCCAGGACAGUGUUCAGUUUCUCCUUGAUUUGGGUGGUAAACUAUAAUCGAAGCACUGCUGGGUGAAUUUCAGAAGGACUUGAGAUCGUGAAGCGCGCCGCGGUGCGCAUGGCCCGUGACAGAGGAUACGAGCGCUCGCGUUAUGUCCGGUAAUGGAACAGCAAUGAGAGCGGACUUUUCCCUGGAAUAAACGCAAGCGCCGGGCCAACAGAAUGCGGGAGCGGGAUUUACAGAGUGUGUGUGCGUGGCUGCUGCUGCUCACCCUGGCCCUGCUGUCUCUCUGGGGGCGUCUGGCUCUGGCUUCCUCACACCGCAACCAUAUAGUGCAUGUGAAGGCUGGGACGUGUGAAGUAAUCGCGGCCCAUCGCUGCUGUAAUAAAAACAAGAUUGAAGAGAGAUCUCAGACUGUCAAGUGCUCCUGCCUUCCUGGACAGGUCGCCGGGACAACCAGAGCUGCUCCAUCCUGCGUUGACGCAUCUAUAGUAGCCCAGAAAUGGUGGUGUCAGAUGCAACCUUGUCUGGAUGGAGAGGAGUGUAAAGUUCUACCAGAUCUCACAGGUUGGAGCUGCAGUACUGGCAACAAGGUUAAAACAACAAAGGUAACUCGGUAGUGGCAUGCUUCAGUCAAAGAAGUGGAUGUAGAUGAAUAGGAAACGGAAGGACUUCACCGAUGUUAAAAUAAUGCGGGAACCAAAGCAGCAAGGUCUCGUGUUCCACUCCAUUCAUACCAAUGAGGACCAUCACUCUACUCAUCCUCCAUACUUGUAAUUUGCUGUCCUGAGCUUUUGCUGGAAAUCUCGUCAGCUCAAAUACAGGGCUGAAAGACUGUCUGCUCACUGGAAUUCUCCAUGCAUCUGGAUUAUAUCUUAUGGUAGAAGGCUAAUCGCAGAGACAAUACACUGCUAAUGUCAGAACUUGUUUAAUUUGUUCAGUUUCUUCUUCCCCCAGCUGCUUAGACAUUCAGUUGUGUUAUGGUUUUCUUUCUUCUGUCUAUCGAAGCUUCCUGUAACCUCACAUUUUGAACCUGAAAUGAAAAGUGACAUUUUUUGCUUUCCCUUCCAAAAUCUUGUUUUCUUUCUCAGCAUCUUAACUUCAGAAAAUUAGAGCUGCAGUUAUGGACUUACUGACCAUCUGUAGAUUAUUUUGUUCCUUUUCUAAUAAAGAAAUAAUAAGUAAACUUUUUGACGCAAAAGACAAAUACAACAGUAGAUGUUAUGGUAUAAAUCUGUAAAAGUGUAAAAGAUUACAAGUAUCAGAUUCUUAGAACCAGAAGAAAUGAAAAUAAUUCCUCUAACAGUUUUAAUAUUGAUGUU